UUCCUGUAAUCAGUACUGUAUCUUGGUGGCGCUGUGCGCGCGCAGGCUUCGGUUCACCAGUGCACUCGGUACUGAGGAAGAAGAGUCUGUGGUUGGAAAAGGUGCUUUACAAUAAUGACCCAAGCUGAGAGAGAACAAGAAAAUGAAAAAGAAAAAGAGAAAGAGCGAGAAAAGGAGAAAGAAAAAGAACAGCGAGGAGUUAAAAGACCAAUAGUUCCUCCUGCUAUCCCAGAUCCUUUACAAGAGCAAAUUCAGAUCAACUUGGUUAUUGUCAUCAGCCCUGGAUCACAAACCCUUCGCAUAGGCCGAGCUACAGAUACCCUUCCUGUUAGUCUUCCACAUGUCAUUGCUCGUAGACAUAAACAGCCCAGUCAAGCUCGCUACGAUGAUCCUUGGCUUACACGUGAAGGACUGAAUAGACCAGAGAGUGGUGAGCAGCGACAGAAUGGUCUUAAGAUGGUAGACCAGGCCAUCUGGUCCAAGAAGAUGUCUAAUGGGGCUAGAAGAACUCCAGUGUCUGCUGAACAGGCUAGAUUGUACAACAGACAGGUUCGUCCAGCUGUUUUGGACCCUAACUCAAGGAUAAAAUGGACUAAUACCAGUCACCAGCCAGAUUACUUCGUUGGAGAUGAGGCAUUACACGUGAACCCCUCAGACUGCUACAGCCUCCACUGGCCUAUCUGCCAUGGUCAGCUGAAUGUCCACAGUGGGCCUGGAGGCUCUCUGACUGCUGUCCUAGCAGACCUGGAGAGCAUCUGGUCACAUGCCAUUCAGAAACAUUUAGAAGUCCCUCUCAAAGACCUGAAGUAUUACAGAUGCAUACUGUUGAUUCCAGACAUCUACAAUAGACAGCAUGUGAAAGAGAUGGUCAAUAUGCUCCUCAUGAAGAUGAACUUCUCAGCAAUCAUAAUACACCAGGAGUCAGUGUGUGCCGCAUUUGGCAGUGGACUGAGCAGUGCGUGUGUGGUAGAUGUGGGCGAUCAGAAGACCAGCGUGUGUUGUGUGGAAGAUGGCGUGUCGCAUCGAAACUCAAGACUUUGUCUUGCAUAUGGAGGCUCAGACGUGACGCGGUGUUUCUUAUGGUUGAUGCAGCGGGCAGGUUUUCCUUACCGAGAGUGCCAGCUUACGAACCGUCUAGACUGCAUGUUACUGCAGCAACUUAAGGAGACUUUUUGUCACCUUGAUCAGGACAUCUGUGGAUUGCAAGACCAUGAGUUUCGUACCCGCUUCCCAGAGUCCCCAGUGCUGAUCUAUCAGUUUCGCCUGGGUGAUGAGAAACUGCAGGCUCCCAUGGCUCUGUUCUAUCCAGCUGCAUUCGGAAUUGUAGGACAAAAGAUGACUGCUCUGCAGCAUCGCUCUCAGGGAGAUUCGCAGGAUCCACAUGAUGAACAUUACCUACUAAGUACUCAGAGCAAACAAGACCAGUCCUCCAAAUCCAUGGAAAGGAAAGGUCUCUCUAAACCCACUGGGUUUGACGGUGAAUCCAGCAGCGUAGGGGGUGAUCAGACAGAAAGAGGAAACCACAGCCAGGACAUGGACCUUGCUCAUUCUCAGGGAGAGUCUUUGACAGUUGCCGCUGAUCCAGAAGACAUGCCCUCUGUCCUACUCUCCAGGAAGUCAGCUAUGACACAGUUUGAAGGCAAAGCACUUGGACUGGAUAAAGCUAUUCUACACAGCAUUGACUCUUGUGCAUCAGACGAGACAAAAAGGAAGAUGUACAGCUCUGUGCUGGUGGUGGGUGGUGGUCUCAUGUUUCAUGGAGCACAGGAGUUCCUUCAGCAUCGCAUUCUCAAUAAGAUGCCUCCAUCUUUUCGGCGUAUGGUGGAGAACGUCGAGGUCAUCACGCGACCAAAGGACAUGGACCCUCGCCUGACAGCUUGGAAAGGAGGUGCGGUGUUGGCGUGUCUGGACACCACUCAGGAACUGUGGAUCCACCAGAGAGAAUGGCAGCGAUUCGGCAUCCGCAUGUUUCGAGAAAGAGCAGCUUUUGUCUGGUGAAAUGGAGUGGUGUCCUAUUGCCUGAUUGCGCCACGCUUCCUCUCCACCAAUGCCGAUCCCCGCUCUGAUUGAGGAGAACGAACCUAACCCACGCCCCCUCCGACACGUGGGCAGCAUGCCGUAUGCAUCUUAUCACCUACACUUUGUCGAGUGCAAUGCGGAUCAGCACUGUGUACGGAGAGACACACCCUGACAGCACUCUUUUCCCAUCUCUGUGCAGGCGCCAUCAAUCAGCCAGCAGAGGUCGUAAUUACAUUAGUUAUGAUUGAGUCCCAAUCUGACUUUUUAAUAUCCCACCCCUAUAUAAACAACAGGCCAAUCAUUGUUCAUGUGGCUGCUCAGUGCAGCCGGCAGAUCCCAGCUCUGGUUCCAGCGUGUGUUUUUACUGCUGAGCAGCCUGCAAACUUCUCCAUUGACAUCAACUUCUCUUUUCAAUUCAAUCAGCUAUUAAAAGUGCAUUUUGGCACUAGUGGUUACAAGGACAACAGCAGAUUGUGUUUUCCCCAAUGCAACUAUAGGAUCAUAUGCUAAUAACGAGCCAGUCUGUGUUUUUUUUUCUUUUUCUGAUGUUCUGUGUUUGUUUUAUUCUUUAGAAAUCUCCAGCUUAUUUGGAAUAGUAAGAACCAUAAAUAUUGACCAGGGCACCUUAAAAGAAAUCUGUCAUUUUAAUACAGUAACCAAUAGGAUUCUUUUAUUUGUGGAAUACUUCCUCAUCCCUUUAUUGUACCAGCCCUGUGUGAAGCUCAUUAUUUCACAAUGAAUUUGUAUAGCUGCUGUAUAUUUACGUAAUUUGCUAGUUUAAUAGCAAAGCUUUGUACCUGUUGUUUUUUAUAUGAAUGCAACAAAUAAUGUUGAUUAAAAAAUGUCAUAGAAAAACAGCCAGUAAAUAAAAAGUUUUGUAAUUGUA